CAUUCUCCAACAGACUUUAGAGAAGUUUCCAAAAAGUGUUCACAGAGGAUUCCAGCCGCGUCUCUCUGCUGUUCACCCACAUCCAUCUGUGCCUCCUUUAACAACUUGUCCUCUUUCUCCUCGGCUGCUGUCAGAAACGAAAGAAAAUCACCAUGGAGGCCAUCAAGAAGAAAAUGCAGAUGUUGAAAUUGGACAAGGAGAAUGCCAUCGACCGAGCGGAACAGUCAGAAAUAGACAAGAAAGGUGCAGAAGACAAAUGCAAACAGCUGGAAGAGGAGCUCUUGGCCCUGCAGAAGAAGCUGAAGGGUGUAGAGGAUGAAUUGGACAAAUACUCCGAAUCACUGAAAGACGCUCAGGAGAAACUCGAACAGGCAGAGAAGAAAGCCACAGAUGCUGAGGCUGAGGUGGCGUCCCUGAACAGACGUAUCCAGCUAGUUGAGGAGGAGUUAGAUCGUGCCCAGGAAAGACUGGCCACGGCGCUACAGAAACUUGAGGAGGCAGAGAAAGCUGCAGAUGAGAGCGAGAGAGGAAUGAAGGUGAUUGAGAACAGAGCAACAAAAGAUGAGGAGAAGAUGGAGAUCCAGGAGAUGCAGCUGAAGGAGGCCAAACACAUCGCUGAAGAGGCUGACCGCAAAUAUGAGGAGGUGGCGCGUAAGCUGGUAAUCCUUGAGGGUGAACUUGAGCGCUCUGAGGAGCGAGCUGAGGUGGCUGAGGCCAAAUCUGGUGACCUUGAGGAAGAAUUGAAAAAUGUCACCAACAACUUGAAGUCCUUGGAGGCACAGGCUGAGAAGUACUCCACAAAAGAAGACAAAUAUGAAGAGGAAAUCAGAGUACUCACUGACAAACUGAAAGAGGCGGAAACCCGCGCUGAGUUUGCUGAGAGGUCUGUGGCAAAGCUUGAGAAGACCAUUGAUGAUUUAGAAGAUGAGGUGUACGCCCAGAAAUUGAAGGGUAAAGCCCUCAGCGAGGAGCUGGAUCUGGCUCUUAACGACAUGACUACCCUCUAAAAGCCACUUCGUUCACCUCCUUCAUCUUUCCUUUCCUCUCCGUUCUUCUCUGUGGUACUGUCUAUUUGGCACAACUUGGGUUCAUUGAUGAUUCUGUUUGUAUUUUCUCCUUGUGACGCUGAAUCAGAGAUCAGCCAUUUAAUGAUCAGUCUGAUUUGAUGGAGCUCAGACUACAGCUCAUGUUUUGUGUCCUGUCUUUCUGUCCUGAGCUCUCAACAUUGUGCUUUGUUACCAUGACUGUUAGAGAUUCUGACAUGUGUAAAUAGCACAGUGUUGACACUUUCAUUGCAGUGUGUUAUACAUGCUUGACGUGUUCUCCCACUGCUUAACCUUUUCCUGUAAUAAAUGCCAAAAAUGCCUCUUGCUUAAA